GUGAGUGAGUGAGCGUGAGUGUGUGUGUGUGUGUGUGUGUGUGUCAUGUCUGAGUCCAGCAUGCUGCUGCUGGCCACCCUGGUGCUGCUCCUGCUGCUGCUGGCCUGGAGGAGGAGGGGGACACGUGGGCUUCCACUGCCCCCAGGACCCACUGGACUGCCCCUGCUGGGAAACCUGCCCCAAGUGGACAAGACAGCGCCCUUCAAGACCUUCAUGAAGUGGAGUGAGCAGUACGGGCCGGUCAUGACUGUGACCCUUGGGCCUGUGCGGAUAGUGGCCCUCAGUGGGUACCAGACAGUGAAGGAGGCCCUAGUGGACCAGGCCGAUGACUUCACAGGAAGGGCACCAGUUCCGUUCUUGAACCGGGUCGUCAAGGGAUACGGUCUGGCCAUCAGUAAUGGUGAGCGCUGGCGCCAGCUGAGACGCUUCACACUGAGCACGCUCAGAGACUUUGGGAUGGGCCGCAAGAGGAUGGAGCAGUGGAUCCAGGAGGAGAGUAGACACCUGCUGGAGAGCAUGAGACAAACCAAAUCAGCUCCGUUUGAUCCCACGUUCUUCCUGAGCCGUGCCGUGUCCAACGUGAUCUGUUCUCUGGUGUUCGGACAGCGCUUCAGCUACGAUGACGUCAACUUCCUGCGUCUGCUGCAGAUCAUCUCAGAUACGUUUCGCUUCGGAAGCAAACCAUGGGGACAGCUGUACAACAUCUUCCCCCGUCUGAUGACUUACACACCUGGCCCCCAUCAAAAAGUCUUCCGGCACAUGGACGAACUGAGGGAGUUUGUAAUGGCGAAGAUCCACCAGCACAAAGACACUCUGGACCCAGACAACCCUCGUGACUACAUCGAUUGUUUCCUCAUAAGACUCGAGCAGGAGAGCGAUCUUCCUACCACGGAGUUCUUCUACGAUAAUCUCGUCUCCACCGUCAUUAACCUCUUUAUUGCUGGCACAGAGACCACCAGCACAACCAUGAGAUAUGCUAUGAUGCUACUUAUCAAACAUCCAGAGAUACAGGAGCAAAUGCAUAAGGAGAUUGAGACAGUGAUUGGCGCACAUCACAUUCCACAAAUGGAAGACAGGAAGUCCCUCCCCUACACUGAUGCUGUCAUUCAUGAGGCCCAGCGCUACCUGGACAUUGUGCCCCUCAAUAUCCCCCACUACGCCACCAAGGACAUCUCUUUCAGGGGCUACACCAUUCCCAAGGACACCGUGAUCAUUCCCAUGCUGCACUCUGUACUCCGGGACGAGGACCAAUGGGAGAAGCCCUGGACCUUUAACCCUGACCACUUCCUGGACAAAAAUGGGAACUUCAAGAAGAACCCAGCCUUUUAUGCCUUCUCGGCAGGUAAACGGGCAUGUGUGGGUGAGUCAUUAGCGCGGAUGGAGCUCCUGAUCUUCCUGGUGUCCAUAGUGCAGCAGUUCCACCUCAGCACCCCUGGAGGACCGUCCAGUCUGGACAUAAAGCCAGAGCUCAGCAGCUUUGGGAACAUACCCCGUCGAUACGAGCUCAUCGCCACCCCCUGUUGACCAGCCAUGGUACUACAGGACAGUACCUAGAAUGUCAGGACUUUUGUGUCUAAGGCCCUCUUUUUUGCAGUGGUUCUAUCAGUCUACUAAACUGUUCCUUAGUGCAUUAAAGAUCAGCCUACUAAACUGUUCCUUAGUGUAGUAAAGAUCAGUCUACUGUCUACUAAACUGUUCCUUAGUGUAUUAAAGAUCAGUCUACUGUCUACUAAACUGUUCCUUAGUGUAGUAAAGAUCAGUCUACUAGACUGUUUGUUAGUGUAUUAAAGAUUAGUCUACUAGACUGUUCCUUAGUGUAUUAAAGAUCAGUCUACUGUCUACUAAACUGUUCCUUAGUGUAUUAAAGAUCAGUCUACUGUCUACUAAACUGUUCCUUAGUGUAGUAAAGAUCAGUCUACUAAACUGUUCCUUAGUGCAUUAAAAUCAGUCUACUAAACUGUUCCUUAGUGUAUUAUAGAUCAGUCUACUAGACUGUUCCUUAGUGUAUUAAAAUCAGUCUACUAAACUGUUCCUUAGUGUAUUAAAGAUCAGUCUACUAGACUGUUCGUUAGUGUAUUAAAGAUCAGUCUAUUAAACUGUUCCUUAGUGAAUUAAAGAUCAGCCUACUAAACUGUUUCUUAGUGUAGUAAAGAUCAGUCUACUGUCUACUAAACUGUUCCUUAGUGUAUUACAGAUCAGUCAAUAAUAAAUCAAUCAAUAAAUCAAUAAUACGUAAUCUAGAUGAGCUGUCAUAUUGUAGGCCUACUUUGCUAACCCAGCUGUACGACAAGAUCAUUUUAGACUGAAUAUAUUAUAUAGCUUACCAUGAAUAGCCACAAUGCAGGAGAAACCCUGUCCAACUUUGACAUUAUUGUGAAGAUAUAACACAGAUGAAUAUUAUCCAGAGACAAAUUUAGGGCCGCUUUUGUUAACCUAUGGAUUUGCACAUAGUGAAGAUAUAGAUAUGCACCUAUGGAUUUGCACAUAGUGAAGAUAUAGAUAUGCACCAAGCAGUCUUGUAUUGCCUUUAAUGCCCCAGUGUGUUCAGAGGGGUGAACCUUCCUCCCUUUAAUGCCCCAGUGUGUUCAGAGGUGAUUGCUUGAUUGAAAAUCUUUAUUGACAUGAUGAAUUUUGUACAAAGGAUGGUGCUUAUAUGAAUAAAUAAAUAAAUAAAAUGA